UCUGCAGAACUUAUUCACCAAAUGGAUGAGCUGAACGACGAGCUGCUAAAGAAGAUCACAAACAAUAAAAUUCAGCCUCCCCACAGGAAUUUCAAAGUGGAAAAGCCUCAGCAAGUUUUUGUGCCCCUCACCUUUGAAUCCAGCACUGAAGAAGUCAAAGCCUGGCUGGAGGCCAAGUCAUUCAGCAAAGAGACCGUGGAACACCUGGGCAUCCUCACCGGAGCUCAGCUCUUCUCCCUCAACAGAGAGGAGCUGAAGAAGGUGUGUGGUGAUGAGGGGAACAGAGUGUACAGCAAGAUCACGGUGGAGAAAAACCAGCUGGAGAAAAGCAGAGGGGAGUCAGAGCUCCAAGAGAUCAUGAAGCGCCGCCAGGAAAGGAUUGACUCUGCUAAUUAAAGUCUCUCUGCUUUAUUUCAGCUCUUAGCCCUCAGUAGUGCAGAAAAAAGGGAAUGAAAGUAAUGAUUGCCGGCCCAGGCCGGAGGCAGCAGAGCUCCCCUUGGGCUCCAGCUGCCAUCAGAGUGACAAUUCCUCCAACACUCUUGGGAAGGGUUGGCAAUAAGACCACAUCCCACUGGGAAAGGUGUUUUAAUUUUGCAUGAAGUAUUUUUUUUAUAACUAUGUAUUUUAUACUGAGAUUUUCCGUGCAUGCGAUCGGAGCAGGAUUCCCACGGGGCUGGAUGGACGACAAGGGCUGGAUUCAAACAGAGACCCCAGAGCUUUUCCCCAAGGGCUGUCCCUGCUCCCAGCCCUGGCUGGCAGAGCAGGGCUGGCACACAGCUCAGGAGGGGCCAGCUCAGGGCCUGGAGCCUGCACCCCGGCAAUGAGGCUGCAGGAACAACCCUGCACUGCUUUGGGUUCAAGGGAAGGACAUUAAAGCUCAUCCUGCUCCCCCCCAUCACGGGCAGGGACGCCUUUCCCAAGCCCAAGUUGUUCAAAUCCUGUCCAGCCUGGCCUUGGACACUGCCAGGGGUGGGCAGCCUAAGGCAGCCCCACUUCCAUUCCCUCCUCAGUGCAGGUGUCCCCUGCAGCCUGUGAGCACAGCCCGGUGACAACUCCUUGUCCCCCUCCUGUCCCCUGUGCCCCCUCACUGGACAAGGCUGGAAUGGCAACACACAUUCCCAAACUGGCUGCUUCCCUAAAUCCACAGACCAGUUGGUGCUGCCUCUGAGCAGCUGAAAUGAGCUGUCAGUGCCUAGAAAGGAGCAGGAGUGACAAACAAAGGGAUCUGAACUGGACAUGGGUGAGCUCCACCUGCCCACUGCUGCUGAUGCACAGGCCUGGGCUCAGGGCAGCUGUGCAGCCCUUCCCUGGGCCACUGAUCCUGCCCUGGAAUGCUGUGGGGCUGCCAAACCCAGCCUCAAACCAGGAGAAGAUAAGCCCUGACCAUUUGCUCCUGUCCCAGGCACACCCACAGCCCUUCCCAGGGUGUUGGUCACUCGUCCCCACCUUCAGCUUUUCACUGUAGAAAGUCAGCUGAAGUUAUUCCCAAAUAGCUGAAACCCCAAAGCACACCGGGCAAGGCAGGUUUAACUCCAAAUACAUGGGCACAAGGAAAAAAAAUCUAAUUUAGCACAGGGUGUUGCUCUUGACUUCCUGUUUUCCUUCAUAAAGUUAUGUGCAUUUCUAUAUAACAAUCUGUAAAUAGGGGGUGAGGAAAAUCUCUCUUCCUGGAGGCAGAAUUAGUGAUUAUGCUUCCAAAAUUUACUCACAAUUUCAAAACUCAAGCAAGCAGCGUAGUUCCUGUCCACAGCAAGUUUGGCACACUGCAUUUCUGUCUCUGUUUACCUGACAGACCAAGCUGAUUGCAAAGCAGUGAAGCAAACACAGCUCCAGAGCUGCCCACAGCCCAGGGACAGUUGGCUUUUCUCUCUCAGCACUGCUCAGUCUUUGCCCAGAUUUGUGUCUGUCCUUGCACAUUUAAUGGGAAAAGCUUUAACACAGCGUUGGGGAACUCGUGUCUCAAUCUGAGAGCACCAGAGCACCUCAGGUUUGCUUUAUUCCUGACUGUCUCCCAUGGAUAAUCUGUUUUCUUCAUCUGAAAGAGGAUGCUGCUGGCAGCAGCAGAAUCAGGGUGCAGGCAGGGGGGGAUCCUGGGUUUGGUCACAGCCCUGCUGGGAUCUGAGAAGGGCACUCACCUUGUCAGGGAGGGAUGAAGAGGACAAUCCUCCUGAGAAGCCCUGGCUCUGGAAGAGGGUGAAGGGAAGCAGCAUGGCAAGCACAGGAGGCGAAAGUUUCUAAAAUGAAAAUAAAACCAAAUGUUGAGCUAGGAAACACCCCACCUUCUAGUCCUGGGGUGUAGAGGAAAGCAAAGCACAGGGAAUUACAGUUAUCUGGCAUUUUAACAGGAGUGUACACGACAGCUCUGUAAAGCUGGGAGCCACAGGAGCACUUCCCAAAACAAACGUCUCAGCAGGCCUCACUGCAGAGGUCACUUUUACAAAUUUCCAUGCGACUGAGCUGUGCAUCUGUUCUGUUUGUACUGCCUGCAGACUCUGCUAUAAAGAACUGUACAUUGAUGUACCUGAGCGAAGGAGACAAUGAUAUAACCAUGCACUGUACAAGAGUUAUUAAAAUAGUUAAGUUAUACUUAUAAA